AUGUUUAUGACCUUUACCCUUCAUGACGCUCCAGUCACGGCUACGGAGUCGUCUCAACUUCUUAAUGAGCCCAAGUUCACCCUUGAAGCGUUUGACCGAUCAGAUCCCCUCGACAAGAUUAUUCAGUCUCUCAAGUACAAUGGCGGAGUUCGCAUCAGAGGCUUUCUCAGCGCCCAGGAAAUCGCGGAGGCGGAGAGAGCCGUACGUCCGCAUGUGGAUGCCGCUUCGUAUGCCAGGUCCGAUGAUCAGACCAAACGCUUGGCUCGCCUUCCUGAGUAUGCACCUGCCCUUACACAGAGAAUCAUUACAGAUGAACUUUAUCUGGAAGUGAUGGACAAGUUUCUGUCCGUCAGCCACACCUCCUGGCUCGGCCGGAAGCGGUUUGUGGUGACCGAAAAACCAAUCGUCGCUAUGUCGUCCAUUUUCGAAGUCGGGCCGGGAAUGCAUGUCCAAGACUUGCACCGAGAUGACUCCAUCUGGUACAACAAACUAACGGCCAUUCGCCCGGAAGACUACGAGUUCGGUCGCGACAGCAGCAUCAGCUUCUUCAUUGCGGGUACUGACACUACGCAUGCCAAUGGUGCCACGCGAUUCGUGCCUGGCAGUCAUCUGACCAGAUUCGACGAGCAACCAAACUCAGAAUUGGCGAUUGAUGCUGAACUCAAGGCCGGUGAUGCCUUCUUCAUGCUGUCGAGCUGCUACCAUGGUGCAGGUCAGAAUACCACCGAGGAUAGCAAGAGGCUCGUGUAUGCUUUGUUCAUGCAGCUGCCCCAUCUCAGACAGGAGGAGAAUUUUGCGCUCUACUUACCUCACGACGUUGUGAAGAGCUAUCCCGUUGAGGUGCAACGUCGGCUCGGAUACGAUGUGGCACUGCCGAAUCUUGGCUGGGUUGAUCACAGCACACCACUGGAAAGCGUCCUGAAGCAGAAGGGUGCAGACAAGCGUGUCAUUCCGGGAUACAACCCAGUCGAAGGAAUUGCCGACGAGCGCUCCGUACAAGCCCACGAGCUUCGGGUAAACGCGCCCAAGACGGUUGCUGUGGCUUAG